AUGGAAAAAUUGUACUUGAUGACAGUAGUGGUCUUGAUAGGACUAACAGUACGGUGGGCAAUUUCUCUUAAUUCUUAUUCAGGUGCUGGAAAACCUCCUAUGUUUGGUGAUUAUGAAGCUCAGAGACACUGGCAAGAAAUCACUUUUAAUUUACCAAUCAAACAAUGGUAUCUUAACAGCAGUGAUAACAAUUUACAGUAUUGGGGAUUGGAUUACCCACCUCUUACAGCUUAUCAUAGUCUCUUAUGUGCAUAUGUGGCAAAGUUUAUAAAUCCAGACUGGAUUGCUCUCCAUACAUCACGUGGAUACGAGAGUCAGGCACAUAAGCUCUUCAUGCGUACAACAGUUUUAAUUGCUGAUUUGCUGAUUUACAUACCUGCAGUGGUUUUAUACUGUUGUUGUUUAAAAGAAAGCUCAACUAAGAAAAAGAUUGCUAAUGCAUUAUGCAUAUUGCUGUAUCCAGGCCUUAUUCUUAUCGACUAUGGACAUUUUCAAUAAUUUCCUUGACACUAGAACAUAUAUAAUUCUGUGAGUCUUGGUUUUGCCUUGUGGGGUGUUCUUGGAGUAUCUUGUGACUGGGACCUGCUAGGGUCACUGGCAUUUUGCUUAGCUAUAAAUUAUAAACAGAUGGAACUUUACCACUCCUUGCCAUUUUUUUGCUUUUUACUUGGCAAGUGUUUUAAAAAAGGCCUCAAAGGAAAGGGGUUUGUGUUGUUAAUUAAGCUAUCCUGUACGGUUAUGGCUUCCUUCAUUCUGUGCUGGCUGCCAUUUUUUACAGAAAGGGAACAAACCUUGCAGGUUCUAAGAAGACUCUUCCCAGUUGAUCGUGGAUUAUUUGAGGAUAAAGUAGCCAAUAUUUGGUGCAGCUUCAGUGUCUUUCUGAAGAUUAAGGAUAUUUUGCCACAUCAUAUCCAGAUAAUAAUCAGCUUUUGUUUUACAUUUUUGAGCCUGCUUCCCGCAUGUAUAAAAUUAACAAUUCAGCCCUCUCCCAAAGGAUUCAAAUAUACUUUGGUUAGCUGUGCACUGUCAUUCUUCUUAUUUUCUUUCCAAGUACAUGAAAAGUCCAUUCUCUUGGUAUCAUUACCAGUCUGCUUAGUUUUACAUGAAAUUCCUUUUAUGUCUACUUGGUUUUUACUUGUGUCAACAUUUAGUAUGCUACCUCUUCUAUUGAAGGAUGAACUCCUAAUGCCCUCAGUUGUGACAGUGAUGGCAUUUUUUAUAGCUUGUGCAACUUCCUUUUCAAUAUUUGAAAAGACUUCUGAAGAAGAACUGCAAUUGAAAUCUUUUUCUAUUUCUGUUAGGAAAUAUCUUCCACGUUUUACAUUUGUUCCUAGAAUUAUACAAUAUUUGUUUCUCAUCUCAGUAAUCACUAUGGUUCUUCUGACGCUGAUGACUGUCACACUGGAUCCUCCUCAGCAGUUACCGGACUUAUUUUCUGUAUUGGUGUGUUUCGCAUCCUGCUUGAAUUUCCUGUUCUUUUUGAUAUACUUCAACAUUAUAAUCAUGUGGGAUUCCAAAAAUGGAAGAAAUCAUAAGAAAACCAACUAGCUGUAUUCCCAAACAAAUGUGAAAAUGUGAACAGUGCUAAAAGGUUUUGUGAACUUUCUGCCAUGUAUAAAUGAAAUUAUCAUUUUGAGAAUCAUGGAACGGAUAGGAAAGGAAAUGGUGAAAAGUCACUUUGGUCUACACAAAAUAAAUAUAUAUGUGAACCAAUGACCA